AAUUCAUACUGUUCAUCCUUCAGACGCUAAUCAAAAAUUACCAAGAGAAAACACAGACGACAAAACCCUAAACACAGAGAGAUGCCGAAGCCAAAACGGUUGGUAUGGAGAAUCAAGCAGAAAAAUCAGAAAGCGUCAACCUCUUCCUCCAAACCACCACCACCGCCAUCGCCGCCGUGGGUGGAACUCCCUCGAGAAAUCACGGCCGACAUCCUUCACCGGUUGGGAGCGAUUGAGAUAUUGCAAAAUGCACAGAGAGUUUUUAGUACGUGGUGGAAGGUGUGCCAUGACCCUAUCAUGUGGCGGGACAUUGACAUGGGAAGCGACAUUGAUGUGGACAUAGGUGAUGAUGUCUUGGACGAGUUGUGUCGCGUCGCUGUGAAUCGCAGCCAGGGUCAGUUGCACAAAAUUAACAUCGAGCAUUUUGGCAAUGACUAUUUGCUCAAAUAUAUAGCGGAGAGAUCAAGUCAGCUAAGGCAUCUAAGACUUGUCACCCGUGAUGAAAUUUCAGAUGGAGGUUUGGCUGCAGUUGCCAAGAACUUCCCGUUGUUGGAGGAGUUGCACAUUUACUUAGCUGUUAUUAGUAAAGCUGAUAUAGAGGCUAUCGGUUGUUCUUGCUUGCAGCUUAAGUCAUUUACAUUGAACAACAUUGGAUUCAGAGGAUUUAGAAGUUCAUAUUAUUAUGUCAAUGAUGAAGCUCUGGCUAUUGCUGGAAAUAUGCCUGAAUUGCGACACCUUGCACUUUUUGGGAAUGACUUGACAAAUGAAGGCCUGUGUGCCAUUCUUGAUGGCUGCCCGCAGCUCGAAUCACUUGACUUACGCCACUGUUAUAGUAUUGAUCUUGAAGGGGAUUUAGGAAAGAGAUGUCGCCAACAGAUUAAGAAUCUUAAGCGCCCUCGUGAUUCCACGUCUGGUUAUGAAUUUAGAGCUCAGAUUUGUGAUUAUAGUUCUUCCAAUGAUGAAUACAAAUCUGGGUUGUCUGAAGCUGACCUCUCGGACUAUAUCUAUGAUUAUGAGUAUGAUGACUUUGAUUACGACGACUUCACUAACCCAUUUAGCAGCGAGUAUCUUGAUGAGGAUGGUUUCUUUUACUUUGCUACUUGAAAUUUGUUAAUGGAAAGGUGGGGGAGAGGGGUAAGCCUCAGCUAAAAACAAUGUGUCAGGCCCCUGAUGGUGCAGUUCAGCAAGAGGGCGUGCUCAGAUCCACCUGGUCUUGUGGAAAUCUUUGGGAGGAACGACAAAAUUAGCUAUUUGCUUGAAAAUCAACAGUUCCAUUGUUGUAUUGCAAGUUAUUGUUUGCUGGGUAAACCUCGAUUCAAUUGUUCAGCAGGUUCUAGGUCGCUCUUUGAAUUGCCAUUCGUGUCAUAUUUUGCUGUUCUAAUAGCAGUUGAAGUGUUCAGGUUUGCACAUUGUUGGCAGCAGAUUCUAAUCGUAGUUAUUAAGGAAGGCCUUAAUCCUCUAACCUUAGCACUUGGCUGCCCUUAGAACUACCAGAUAACUACUGUGUUCUCUCCUUUUUUUUAUUUGGUUCAUAACCCCUUCACAUUGGUAGAUUUCUUAGUCUUUUGUUUGAAUAUAUAUAAAAGCCACUUCAAAUUA